GCAAUCAUGAUUCUUUUGGUCUCUUAACCCGCAUGCUCCUCCUUUCUCUAUCCUCCAGAUUCUCUCCCUAUAUAUACCACUUCUCAUCCACUGAUCACCACUACUUCUCUCUUCUCUCUCUCAACACACACUUAAUCUGUUCUAGCAACCUCCUCUGUUCUGUCUUAUUCCCACCUCUUCUUCUGAUCUUGCAAAUGGCAGUGUCCGGGUUCGAAGGAUUCGAAAAAAGACUCGAACUUCGAUUCUCAACAACCAAUAACAACAACCCAAUGGGCCUCCGUCUAAUAGACUUCGAAUCUCUACACCAAGUCUUAAACCAAGUGCAGUGCACCGUAGUCUCCGCCGUAGCGAACCAAAGCUUCGACGCAUACGUCCUCUCCGAGUCAAGCCUCUUCGUCUACCCAACCAAGAUCAUCAUCAAAACAUGCGGCACCACGCAACUCCUCAAAUCAAUCCUCCUCUUCAUCCACCUCGCUCAAAACCUCAACCUCACGUUACGCGCGUGUCGCUACUCGCGAGGCAGCUUCAUAUUCCCUCACGCACAACCUUUCCCUUACACUAGCUUCAAAGAAGAAGUCAUCAUCGUCGAACAAAGCCUCCCUAACUCUCUCCCUUACCGUAAAGCCUCCGUCAUGACCCCUUCUAAUAACAAUUCACGUGCAUGGCACGUGUUCACAGCGAGUGCUGACGUGGAACCCGACGAGCCACUCGUGGUAGUUGAAGUCUGCAUGACUGAGCUUGAUAAAGUCAACGCACGUAGCUUCUUCAACAAUAGCGAUGAUUCAGCGGGGAAAGAGAUGACGCGGCUGAGCGGUAUAGACACGAUAAACGCGAACGCGUUUAUAUGCGAUUUCGCGUUUGAUCCUUGCGGUUACUCGAUGAACGGAGUAGACGGAGACCGUUACUCGACCAUCCACGUCACUCCUGAAGACGGUUUCAGCUACGCGAGCUUCGAGUGUGGUUUGUCUUUAAACGACGACGGUUAUGGAGAUAUCUCGGAGGUGUUGACACGUGCCAUUAAUGUUUUCCGGCCAGGUUGUGUGUCCGUGGCCACCACUUACGGUGGAGAGGGUUAUAGCCACGAGGUGACGAAGCGCGUGGAGCGCGUGUUGGCUAAGAGGCUAGGUCUUAAGUGUCGGAGUAGAGUUAUGGAUGAGUUUCCGGGAUCUGGUACGGUUGUUUUUCAGUCGUUUACUCCUCGCCGGAAAUAGUCUUUCGCCGGAGGAAGGGGUUUAGGGUUUAAAUUAGUUGAGAGGAGGAAGAAAAGGGGGGUGAUGACGUGGAUGGAGAUGAUUGGUUGACUUGGGUAAGGAAAUGUAUAAGUGGGAAGGUAUGAUCAUGCACCCCACUUUGCACUUGUGGCAAUGUCACGCCUAAAAGCAUUUUUGAGGUUCAGUGUUGUAGAAUUUAGUGGGGGAGAGGGUAAAAAAUUGUCUGCUCUUUUUUUCUUUCCUUUGUUUCUUAUGUUUGUUUUUAAAUUUUAAAAUUAAAUUAUCUUAGAUAUCUAUAUCAGUAUUUUGUUAUCGGUUUAAUUGUUCUUACUUGUAUGAACAUGCAAUUAAU